UAGCAAUAGUUUGUUAUUGAUUGACAGAUUAUUUCAAGUAAAGGACGAAGAAAAUAGGAAGAAGUCGCUAAUUACAUUUCUAUUUAAAGAUUACAAACCGAGCCUUUGUUUUCGCAACUUUAGUAGUCGUCUUUUCGGAAGCCAGGGGAAAGGUCAAAGUUCAUCAAGUAUCAUAGCAACAAAAUAGUGCGCAAGGAUCAUCUAUAUAUAAGAGCACCCGGAGGGAGAUAUACUCAAACACUGAAUUUUGGGCAACACAGGUUCAUACAAUUCAAGAAAGACAACAACAAUGAAUGGAAGGCGCGUGCUGAUAGCCAUAUCUUUGGUCGUCUGCUGUUCUACGGCGCUAACGCAGACAGUUUCAGAGGCUGAUUACGUCAAAGGCACCCUUUCACACUGCACAGCUCAUCUCUACAGAUUGAUACUGUGCCUGUCAGACAACAAACCACUCCUGUUUGAGAUGAAAAAAUGCGAUAAUGUUCUUACACAAACUUUCAUUUGUCUGGCAAGCAGCCGAUCAGGAAGUCCAUUGACGCAUGCGCUACCGGAAUCGGAAGAUAAUGGCGGCUUUAGUAUGUUAAAACGUGGUCUAGGUCAAUGUAUUCACAGAUGUCUGAACGGUCAGGGCAGAAUGAACUUUAUUCAGUGUAAAUCAAUGUGUCAUAGAUGAGCUCAAAGUAAUGCAUAUCAGAAAUGAAAUCGGCUUGUUCUUUUUUUGACAUCCCUAAACUUAUUACAUGUUUUCAAAAAUGAAAAAGGUAUGAUUUCCCUUAUGCGAAAGGCACCCAGUUGUUUUUAUUGAAAUCUUGUCAGAUGUAAUUUCCUGACAAUAUACAAAGUUACAGUUUAUACC